CUAAAAGAGAUAAGUGUAAUUUCAUUUUAUAAAAGCAAAAUUGUAUUUUAAUUUUAUUUUAUUAUAUUUUGACUCUGCCGGAAUCGGUGACAGUUGAAAAGUUAUUAAAACCUACGUAAUCAAAAUUGGCUUGAGCUGUGAUAGUAGUUUCCAAUUUCCAACUUGGCCGAAAGCAUAUGGCGAAAGUUUUCUGUGAUUUUCGGUUACUUCUCUUAGUUGCAGCUGUCGUAUUCAUCUACAUCCAGAUGAGGCUUUUCGCUACACAAUCAAAAUAUGCUGAUCGUCUCGCUGUUGCUAUUGAAGCUGAAAACCAGUGCACAAGUCAUAAGCGAUCACUGAUUGAUCAAAUUAGCUCGCAACAAGGACGCAUUGUGGCCCUAGAAGAAGAAAGGAAGCGUCGAGACCAAGAAUGCGGACAAAUGCGGUCUCUUGUUCAAGAUCUUGAAAGAAAAGACCUACGGAGGCUGAUCGAUAAAGUGCAGGUUCCAGUGGCAGCUGUUGUGAUCAUGGCAUGUAAUCGUGCUGAUUACCUGGAACGGACUAUCAAUUCUGUAUUGAAAUACCAAAGGCCCAUUUCUUCAAGAUAUCCUGUAUUUGUAUCUCAGGAUGGAUCAAAUUCAGACGUCAAAAGUAAGGCUUUGAGCUAUGAUGAGUUAUCUUAUAUGCAGCACUUAGAUUUUGAGUCGGUUAAAACUGAAAGACCAGGAGAGUUAAUUGCGUACUACAAGAUUGCAAGUCAUUACAAGUGGGCUCUAGAUCAACUGUUCUACAAGCAUAACUUCAGCCGAGUUAUCAUUCUCGAAGAUGACAUGGAAAUAGCACCUGAUUUCUUUGAUUAUUUUGAAGCUAUGGCAACUCUCCUUGACAAGGAUAAGUCCAUUAUGGCUGUUUCGUCAUGGAAUGACAAUGGACAGAAGCAGUUUGUACACGAUCCAUACGAACUUUAUCGCUCAGACUUCUUUCCUGGACUAGGGUGGAUGUUGGCUAGAUCCACAUGGGAUGAACUAUCACCGAAAUGGCCAAAGGCCUACUGGGAUGAUUGGUUGAGAUUAAAAGAGAAUCACAAAGGACGACAGUUUAUCAGACCCGAAGUAUGCAGAACAUAUAAUUUUGGAGAACAUGGUUCUAGUUUGGGACAGUUUUUUAAGCAGUAUCUUGAGCCAAUCAAGCUGAAUGAGGUCCAGGUCGACUGGAAGUCAAUGGAAUUGAGCUAUUUGUUUGAGGACAAAUAUGCUACACACUUUGCCAACAAUAUUAAAAAAGCUAAACCUGUCUCUGGAUCAGACAUCAUUCAAAAGGCACAAAGUAUAGACGGCGAUGUCCGUAUUAAGUAUAAAGAUCAAUGGGACUUCGAAAACAUUGCUCAAAAGUUCGGUAUAUUUCAAGAGUGGAAGGAUGGUGUGCCUAGGACAGCCUACAAAGGAGUAGUCGUUUUUAGAUAUCAAACCACAAGGCGUAUAUUCCUUGUUGGUCCAGAAUCUUUGAAGCUACUUCAGAUCGAAGAUUUUUAAUGCUGGAUGACGAAGAAAGGUGUUCAGAGCCCGGAGAGUUGUCGUUUUCAGAUGUCAAGGUAGUGAUGCUGAGUAAUUUAUACUUAGCUUAAAAAGACAUCAUACCAUAUGGAUAUUUCUCAUUGUUGAAUCCAAUGCGUAAAAGCGAUUAAGAUAUGACUGAAAGUAUGAAGGGUAUGGACGAAAAUGUUCUGGAACACAAUUACGGGCACCAUGUAUUGUAGAGAUCAAAAUUUUGUCUUGUGAUGUGGUGUGAUCUUAGACUGGCCUUGUGAAAAGAGAUCAUACCCCACGGAUAUAAAGGUGUAUUUUUAAAUGUAUUAUAAAUUAAUCAUAAAAUUACGCUUAGUUAUUUAUCUUAUUUAUUUUUACCA